AUGGACCGGAAAACGCCUUCUCCACGGGCAAUCAUGACGCCAGGACGUGCCAUGGUCGUCAUCAAUUGCUUAUCCGCCAGAAAACAUCUUCUCCGUCAUCGAUUGCUUCUCCGCCGGAAAACGACGAAAGACACCUUCUCCGUUGUCGAUCCUCCUAUUGCUUCUCAGCAGGAAAAGGCCUUUCUCUGGCGCUUUGCAGUGACCUUCUUAGCCAUGGUCGUCAUUGGUGGUGGUUGCAACCUCGUGGUCUCCGUUUUGGGAUUGAAUCCAAAGCUGGGGCGUCACCUGGCUCUCAUAUAA